UACACUAUAGAUUUUCAGUAGUGGUACUACUGGUAGUGAAUAUCGGAACGCGCCCUUAACCUCACCAUUUUCACGCAUGCACGUUGUCAUAGGUGUACAUUGUUGAAAAAAGUGUGUCUAGCAUCCGAAACAAUUAACGUCUCGGCGUGGAUGACCGAUUAAUUGGAUAUUGGAUGCGUCGUUCCAAAGCGGUGGUAUAUCACAGAAAACCAAGAAAAUGUUUAAAAAGUUCGAUGAGAAGGACAGCGUUUCUGGUGUUCAGCAAUUAAAAUCGUCUGUGCAAAAGGGGAUUCGUUCGAAACUCCUUGAGCUCUAUCCUCAUCUGGAUAGUCACAUAGACGUUAUAAUACCAAAGAAAGACGCUUUCCGGAUCGUAAAAUGUCACGACCACAUAGAGAUCAUAGUGAAUGCAGCGGGAGACCUGUUAUUUUUUCGCCAACGCGAAGGCCCCUGGAUGCCUACUUUAAAGUUAUUACACAAGUAUCCAUUCUUCCUGCCAAUGCAGCAAGUUGACAAAGGUGCCAUUAGAUUUGUUCUUAGUGGUGCCAACAUAAUGUGUCCCGGUUUAACAUCAAAAGGUGCAAAGAUGAUGACUGUGGAGAAAGGAACUGUUGUUGCUGUUAUGGCAGAGGGCAAACAACAUGCGCUAGCUGUUGGAAUUACAACAUUAUCGACGGAAGACAUUGCCAAAGUAAACAAGGGAAUAGGCAUCGAAAACUGUCAUUAUUUAAACGAUGGACUUUGGCAAAUGAAACCAGUGAAAUAAGACUGAUUAUACUAUGAAUCGAAGAUAUAAUCAGAGAGCAUUUUCUGUGUACAAUGUUCUCCUAUUCAUUUUACCUCACAAUACAAUUGUUUCAUGUGGAACAAUACAACAUUGUGUAUCUAUGGUAUGUGCAGGCUAUAAUAAAGCUAAGGAUUAUCAUUACAUUUUUAUUGUAUAAAUGGAAGGAUUAUGUUGAAAGUUUGUUGAGGCAACAUAAGGAUAUAGAGAGGAAUAGUCAAGUACAUGUUGAUGGAAAUUCGGAAUCAUUGUAAAAUAAACAAUAUUUAAGU